AUGCCAACGGUUAGCUUCAACGACAAGACUCUAAACUCGCCGACAUCUCAGAAACGAAAGUCUGCGGUUUACCGGGUCUCGUUCAAAAGAAGAUCAUGCGAUGGUGAAGAAGUUACCGAACAUAGAUCGUCCAAGAAGUUGUUGUACCGUCCAAAAGCUGGAUUCACCAUCCCUUGUUUAGCCAAAGAGAAACAACAAUCCUCUGGAAGUUGGUGUGAGAUACCUCCUUCAAACUUUAAACUACGUGGCGAAACCUAUUUCAAAGAUAAACGGAAAUCACCAGCUCCAAAUCAGUGUCCAUACACUCCAAUUGGUGUUGACUUGUUUGUGUGUCCAAGGAAGAUUGAUCACAUAGCUCAACACAUCGAGCUUCCCAAUAUCAAAGCCGAGGCAAAGCUCCCUGCUCUUCUGAUUGUCAACAUUCAGUUGCCUACUUAUCCAGCCGCAAUGUUUCUUGGUGAUAGUAAUGGAGAAGGAAUGAGCAUUGUACUUUACUUUAAACUACGAGACAAUUUCGAAAAAGAAAUCUCUCAGCAAUGCCAAGACAGCAUCAAGAAACUAGUUGAAGAUGAGAUGGAGAAAGUUAAAGGGUUUGCAAAGGAAAACAUUGUUCCGUUUCGUGAAAGGCUUAAAAUCAUAGCCGGAUUAGUUAACCCUGAGGAUCUCAGUCUUAGCUCCACUGAGAAGAAGCUUAUACAAGCUUACAAUGAAAAACCUGUCCUUUCACGCCCUCAACACAACUUCUUCAAGGGUCCUAAUUACUUUGAGAUUGAUUUGGAUGUUCAUCGGUUUAGUUUCAUUUCAAGAAAAGGGCUUGAAGCAUUUCGAGAUCGACUUAAAAAUGGAACUCUUGAUCUUGGCUUAACUAUCCAGGCUCAAAAACAAGAGGAGUUACCAGAAAAGGUCUUGUGUUGUUUAAGGCUGAGCAAGAUUGACUUCGUUGACCAUGGUCAAAUCCCAACACUUUUAAUCCCUGGAAAUGGAGAAACUCUUGUUUGA